AUGACGGCCGCGUCUGCCGACAAAUGCCAAGGAAGCGCUCGGAUCCCUAUGCGCCCCCAUUCCCCUUCUUUCAAACACCCCGCCCCAUUAUCCCGCUUUCCAUCACCCAGCCCCAUUCCCCCUCUUUCCAUCACCCUGCCCCAUUCUCCCUCUUUCCAUCACCCCGCCCCGUUCUCCCUCUUUCCAUCACCCCGCCCCAUUCUCCCGCUUUCCACCACCUCGCCCCAUUCUCCCGCUUUCCAUCACCCCGCCCCAUUCUCCCGCUUUCCAUCACCCCGCCCCAUUCUCCCUCUUUCCAUCACCCCACCUCAUUCUCCCGCUUUCCAUCAUCCCGCCCCAUUCUCCCUCUUUCCAUCACCCCGCCCCAUUCUCCCUCUUUCAAUCACCCCGCCCCAUUCUCCCACUUUCCAUCACCCCGCCCCAUUCUCCCUCUUUCCAUCACCCAGCCCCAUUCUCCCUCUUUCUAUCACCCUGCACCACUCUCCCUCUUUCCAUCACCCCGCCCCGUUCUCCCGAUUUCCAUCACCCCGCCCCGUUCUCCCGUUUUCCAUCACCCCGCCCCAUUCUCCCGCUUUCCAUCACCCCGCCCCAUUCUCCCGCUUUCCAUCAACCCGCCCCAUUCUCCCUCUUUCCAUCACCCCGCCCCAUUCUCCCUCUUUCCAUCACCCCGCCCCAUUCUCCCUCUUUCCAUCACCCCGCCCCAUUCUCCCGCUUUCCAUCACCCCGCCCCAUUCUCCCGAUUUCCAUCGACCCGCCCCAUUCUUCCGCUUUCUAUCGCCCCGCCCCAUUCUCCCUCUUUCCAUCACCCCGCCCCAUUUGCCCUCUUUCAAUCACCCCGUCCCAAUCUCCCACUUUUCGUCACCCCGCCCUAUUCUCCCUCUUUCCAUCACCCCGCCCCAUUCUCCUUCUUUCCAUCACCUAGCCACAUUCUCCCUCUUUCCAUCACCCUGCCCCAUUCUCCCUCUUUCCAUCACCCCGCCCCGUUCUCCCUCUUUCCAUCACCCCGCCCAUUCUCCCGCUUUCCAUCACCUCGCCCCAUUCUCCCGCUUUCCAUCACCCCGCCCCAUUCUCCCGCUUUCCAUCACCCCGCCCCAUUCUCCCUCUUUCCAUCACUCCACCCCAUUCUCCCGCUUUCCAUCAUCCCGCCCCAUUCUCCCGCUUUCCAUCAACCCGCCCCAUUCUCCCUAUUUCAAUCACCCCGCCCCAUUCUCCCACUUUCCAUUACCCCGCCCCAUUCUCCCUCUUUCCAUCACCCAGCCCAUUUCUCCCGCUCUCCAUCACCCCGCCCCAUUCCCCAUCUUUCCAUCACCCCACCCCAUUCUCCCGCUUUCCAUCACACAGCCCCAUUCUCCCGCUUUCCAUCACCCUGCCCCAUUCUCCCUCUUUCCAUCACCCAGCCCAUUUCUCCCGCUUUCCAUCACCCCGCCCCAUUCUCCCGCUUUCCAUCACCCCGCCCCAUUCUCCCGCUUUCCAUCACCCCGCCCCAUUCUCCCGCUUUCCAUCACCCCGGCCCAUUCCCCCGCUUUCCAUCACCCCGCCCCAUUCUCUCGCUUUCCAUCGCCCCACCCCAUUCUCCCUCUUUUCCUCACCAGCCCAUUUCUCCCUCUUUCCAUCACCCAGCCCAUUUCUCCCUCUUUCCAUCACCCCGCCCCAUUCUCCCUCUAUCCAUCACCCCGCCCCAUUCUCCCUCUUUCCAUCACCCCGCCCCAUUCUCCCGCUUUCCAUCGCCCCGCCCCAUUCUUCCGCUUUCCAUCGCCCCGCCUCAUUCUUCCUCUUUCCAUCGGCCCGCCCCAUUCUCCCUCUUUCCAUCACCCUGCCCCAUUCUCCCUCUUUCCAUCACCACGCCCCAUUCUCUUGCUUUCCGUCACCCCGCCCCAUUCUCCCUCUUUCCAUCACCCAGCCCCAUUCCCCUUCUUUCAAACACCCCGCCCCAUUAUCCCGCUUUCCAUCACCCAGCCCCAUUCUCCCUCUUUCCAUCACCCUGCCCCAUUCUCCCUCUUUCCAUCACCCUGCCCCGUUCUCCCUCUUUCCAUCACCCCGCCCCAUUCUCCCGCUUUCCAUCACCUCGCCCCAUUCUCCCGCUUUCCAUCACCCCGCCCCAUUCUCCCGCUUUCCAUCACCCCGCCCCAUUCUCCCUCUUUCCAUCACCCCACCCCAUUCUCCCGCUUUCCAUCAUCCCGCCCCAUUCUCCCUCUUUCCACCACCCCGCCCCAUUCUCCCUCUUUCAAUCACCCCGCCCCAUUCUCCCACUUUCCAUCACCCCGCCUCAUUCUCCCUCUUUCCAUCACCCAACCCAUUUCUCCAGCUCUCCAUCACCCCGCCCCAUUCUCCCUCUGUCCAUCACCCCACCCCAUUCUCCCGCUUUCCAUCACACAGCCCCAUUCUCCCGCUUUCCAUCCCCCUGCCCCAUUCUCCCUCUUUCCAUCACCCAGCCCAUUUCUCCCGCUUUCCAUCACCCCGCCCCAUUCUCCCGCUUUCCAUCACCCCGCCCCAUUCUCCCGCUUUCCAUCACCCGCCCCAUUCUCCCGCUUUCCAUCACCCCGGCCCAUUCUCCCGCUUUCCAUCACCCCGCCCCAUUCUCCCUCUUUCCAUCACCCAGCCCAUUUCUCCCUCUUUCCAUCACCCAGCCCAUUUCUCCCUCUUUCCAUCACCCCGCCCCAUUCUCCCUCUUUCCAUCACCCCGCCCCAUUCUCCCUCUUUCCAUCACCCCGCCCCAUUCUCCUGCUUUCCAUCGCCCCACCCCAUUCUUCCGCUUUCCAUCGCCCCGCCUCAUUCUUCCUCUUUCCAUCGCCCCGCCCCAUUCUUCCUCUUUCCAUCACCCUGCCCCAUUCUCCCUCUUUCCAUCACCCCGCCCCAUUCUCUUGCUUUCCGUCACCCCGCCCCAUUCUCCCUCUUUCUAUCACCCAACCCCAUUCCCCUUCUUUCAAACACCCCGCCCCAUUAUCCCGCUUUCCAUCACCCCGCCCCGUUCUCCCUCUUUCCAUCACCCCGCCCCAUUCUCCCGCUUUCCAUCACCUCGCCCCAUUCUCCCGCUUUCCAUCACCCCGCCCCAUUCUCCCACUUUCCAUCACCCCGCCCCAUUCUCCCUCUUUCCAUCACCCCACCCCAUUCUCCCGCUUUCCAUCAUCCCGCCCCAUUCUCCCUCUUUCCAUCACCCCGCCCCAUUCUCCCUCUUUCAAUCACCCCGUCACGAUAGCGUGGCAGUUCCCCCUUAGCUCUUGCCUCUAG